AUGGAAGCUUGGAGAGCUAAGGUGAAGUUCAUCCCCAUGAACCGGGGAUUCUUCAUCAUCAAGUUGUUAACACAGGAAGACAAAGAAAAAGUUUAUCGUGAGGGUAACAAGGAUCCAUGGAUUGUGAACGAGCAACCUUCACGUCUGAUCGAAUGGUAUCUAGGGUUCGAUGCUGAUAAACAAUGUACCUCUCAAUCUACCGUCUGGGUCAAGUUUCCAGGUCUUCCAGUUGAAAUGUGGGUGGAGAAGACGUUGUUAGCUUUGGGCAAAUCUCUUGGAACUCCUAUUGUGGUUGAUAAGCGAACCCUAAACCAUGAGUAUGGGCAUUACGCCUCAGUCCUGAUCGAUAUUUAUUUUGCAAAGCUUAAUACAGAUUAUGUUUAUGUUGAAGCUGGUGGGCGUAAUUUUUUGCAACCAUUUGAAAUCUUGAAAAGGCCGAAAUACUGUUCCAAGUGCCAAAUAGUUGGUCACCUAGACUCAAAGUGCAUAAAGAAGUAUGUUAGUGCAGUUAAUACGCCACCCGCUACUGCCAGUACGUCGCAGCAAUCUAAUGCUCUAGUUAUCCACCAGGGUGACACUAAUACAGCAUGGCAAUUACAAGAUGAACUCGUGAAUUCCGAAGCUGUUUUGCGCAGGGCUACAGCUGAGUUUGAGAGAGCCAAACAAGCUAAGCUUGCGCAUUCAGUUUUAGUUAACAUGGCAAAGUCGUUGAGUACUGUUUCCUUGAAUACUAAGCCAGUUGGGAAUGUUGAAUUGGAAAGAACUAGACUUCCUAAUCCUGGUAGGAUUCCUAUUUUAUCUUUGUCUACACCGGUGUGUGAUGCUCUUGAAGAAAGUUCGGAAUAUAUCUCUCAUAACAAAUUCAAUAUUCUGGGAUCAGUUGGUGAGACUUUGAAUAACCCUCUUUUGGAGAUUAAUAAGGUUGAUGAAGUAGCUAAACGUGCUAAGCGGCAGCAGUUGAUAGCUCUUCAAGCAAAAAUUGAUGCUUUGAGAGAUAAUGAUUCCAUGUCGGACUCGGAAGAAUCUGAAUUGGGAGUUCGUGCUCGAAAGGGUUCUUCACCAAGACUAAAAUCCUCCUCAAAUACUUUUCAUCAAGUAGAGCUAUCUAAAACUCAAACCCCCAAAGUUUAA